AUGGACCCUGCGGAAGACGAUGAAUUUCUGCAGCGAUGCCUGCACCCACCGCCAGAAGAACGGGAAUCCAUACUGGACUUCAAGAACCAUCUUUUCCUGCACUGGGUCGCCUCAGACACCGUCCAGUGCUGGAAUGAUGUGCUGGGAGUUUUCGAUAUUAAACAGGACGAUGCACGUACGGAGAUCUCGAGUAGGCUGCUUGAUCCUUUGCUUAAAUACGAAAAAAUGCUUGAUACCAAAACAAUGAAAGCCGUGCUGGAAAGCGACGACGCCUAUUUCGGCGUGGUUAUCAAGGAACUACACCAAGACAUGCUGCAGUUGGCUACAGCCGAGAUGGCCGUAAGUCAUUUUUUGCUCAAUAAAUAUUUCUGUUCUAAUCCAUCGGUGACCACUGGCCGCGAUAAGUCGAGGAAGAAGCGGGUUCUUAAAUUCCGACAGUUCAAAUUGGAAAGACAGCGAGCGGCGCGGAUGCGAGAAUCGGGAUUGACCGAAAAAGAAGAGAGACCGGAGGCGGCGCAAAUGCGGAAAACGGGGCCGACGAAAAAAGAGGGGAAACCGGAAGUGGCGCAAAUGCGGAAAACGGAGCCGAAGAAAAAAGAGGGAAAACCGGCAGCAGCGCAAGGGCAGAAGUCAAAAACGACCGGAAAGGAAGAGAUAACUGAUAGCGACGAUGACAGUCCGGAAUACGUUUGUAGCAGAUGUGUUGCGUCGGGGAUGCGUUGGAGAACAAAGACAAACCGAGUGCCACGCUUUUCCUAG